UGCGCAGGGUGUGGCCCUUCGCUCUCCUCUCCUCGAGGAUCAUCAGAAUUCCUCUGAAUCUCAUCGAGAGUAGACGUACUUCUCUCUGUGAAUCUGUGAAUUUACGUGAGCCUUAAGAGUGCCUACGAGAUCAUUUUCUUGUGACCCGAGUGAAGUUGAUUCAGUAAAAAGACGAAGAUUUCAGAACUCGUGUCCAGUUUUAUCAUUAGUUCUGAGAAGAGCUAUUCACGUAUCAUCCAAGAUGUCGGAGCACGUCAAGCAGGUGCCAGAUAUACUCAAUCACGACUUCAUCGACGAAGUCCUCCGGGACGGAAUGGGCAUAGGCGGCUCCAAUGGCGAAUUCGCCUUCCUCGACGACAACCUCUUCCCAGAAUUGGAUCCUUCGUUUGAAGAGUUGCCAUUGCCUGUGCCCCUGUCACCGUCGGCGAACUUGACCGAGACCAUGAACAUAGGAUAUAUGCCCGACUUCAUCGACAUGCAACCCUUGGACUCCACUCUUCUUGUGCCGGUUCCCGUGGUGGAAGACGCGCCUUCUGUCGUUACCAUCACCGAAACCGAGGCCGCCGUGAACUUGGACUCGCCUGACGUCACCAUCGAAGUGCAGACCGCCGAGGAGGAGCAGGAGGCAGUCGCCGUACUGAAGGAGGCGCCCGCAGAAGGAGCGAGUCGAAGCGAAGGCAGCGCGUCCAGCGACCCCCCAAAGAAGCGCGGCAGGAAGCGCCUGUAUCCCCCCGGCACAACGCCCCCAAGGAGGCGCCGCCCUCGCAAAGUGAAACUGUACGAGCUCGAGACUUUUGAAGACCCAGAAAUGGAGCGGAAGAGACAGAACGCCCUGAACGCCAAGAUCCACCGGGAGAAGCAGAAGGAGAAGAAGGAGGCGCUGCAGGGUCAGCUGGAGGCCGCCAUCCGUGACCGAGACGAGCUGAAGCGCCAGCUGGAGGAGAUGCGGGAGAGGGAGAAGAAGCUGGUCCUGGAGCUGGAGCUGAUUCGGCAGCAGCAGCAGCACAACUCCACGACAGUGUUCCCCGUCCAAAUCAUCCUCUGAAAAGCAAAACAGGACCCCAGUUUUCCUUCUUAUUUUCUACGAAAACAAACAAACAAAAAACAACACAAAACAACAUAAAUACCCACUAAGAAGGGUAUUAUUCACCCUUCUUAGUGCCAAACACAACAUGCACUACACAUGAUACAUGCACUUGACACUACAAGUCACCACACAUUCUGCGUGUGGUUUUACAGUCUUUUAUAGAGGAUUUCGCUAUUUUAACAAAUCUAGUCAUUGCCUGUGAUAAGUUUUAUCUUAAGGAAAAGCAUUCUAGUCAAAUCUGUGAUAUUUGAUGCCUUAAUUUCUCUCAGUAUGUUCAUGAGAAUGUCAUAUUUUAAUGGCCUCAUGCCUCUCUUAUCUUAAUGAGAAUGUCUUAGAUCACUCAUCAUUUUCGUAAAGUAAGUAUACUGUAUGAAUCUUUUUAUAAUUACAGGUUGCGGAAGGAGAGAGAAAUCUCCAGUGAAAGGUGAACCAACGCUCCAGCCAGUAUGACCGUUUUCGAUAUGUUCAAGAGGAGAGAUGUCGCUUGAACGCCAUUGUCAUUAUAAUUGCAUUAUCACCAUCAAUAUCUUUCAAUAUGUUAGCUUAUCGUUUGCAUCGAUAUCAUACACUUCUCUCACUUAUGUUGAUAACUUGAUUAUAUCAUUAUAGUGCUUGUUUUCAAAUGAAGUGAAAACUGCUAAAUUAAAUCUUACUUUUCUUGGAAAACUAGAAUUUCUCCCAGAAGAGAGGCACGCGAAUUCAUAACCACUUUAUUAUUAGUGUGGACCAGAUACAAAUAGGCAUGUAAUCUAACACUCAUUGAGAUUUUACAGUUUACGAAAUCUUUUGUCAUGCUACAUUAAUAUUGUAGCAUGACAAAAUAACCCGUGAUGUCAAAGAAAACGAAUUUAUAAUAACUUAAAUUUAUUUAAUAAUUAUUCAGAGGAAGAGUCUUUUGGAAAAUCGGCUUUAUUCCAAUAUUUAUUUAUUCAUGCAUAAUUGUUUCUGAAUCAGUUCUUCUAUUAAUUAAACGGAAUUACCAAAUAAAGACAAAGAACAUAACUAAAAUAAGUGAGUGUAAGUUAUGAAACUUAACUUCUAAAACCUAUUAAAGUUCGAGUAAUUUUUUAAGUCAUGUACUUAGGUUUUAUAUGAUUAUAUAUGUUGUAUACGUAUAUAUAUAUAGUCCUUAAUGUGAUAUUACAAAGGUUGUGAAAAAAAAAAGAGAAAAAUGACGGUAUUACAUAGAAAUGUAGGUAAGAUAUUAAAUAUGUAUUUUAUUCACGUAGAUAUGUUGUAUUUUUUAUUGUGUAGUUUUGGUAUGCAUGUCAUUUUACAAAUAAAUUUUAUAUUUCCAGAUAU